CCUCAUAUCUGAAGUGCUGCUUCUGUGGCAGCGGGAAUGCUAUUUUGAAAUGCUCGAAUGCAAGCUGUCAAAGCACUCUUUCAUGCAAAAGCUCCGUGGCACAAGUCGUAUGCCCGGCCUGUCAGACUCCAACCUUGACACCAGCAGCUCAAGCGCAGCAACGAGCCCAAGGCUCAACGACAACUUGUCCGGGAUGUGGAGUCCACCUCGAAAUGCCAGCUGGUCUUGCUGGGGCUUCAUGUCCAAGGUGUAAGAAGACCGUCGUUCAUCCACAUGCGCCUGCUGCCAUGCCAACGUCGCGAAGCUCGGCGAUGACGGAGGAAGAAGCACUUGCUGAAGCUAUUCGA